AUGGUGAGAACUAAGAAUCUAGGGCACACCAAAAAGUUGGUGGAAACCGUCGCAACUCCUUCCAAUGCACCCCCUGCUGCUUCAUUCCCUCCUCUUGCUGCUGCAAAGCCAGGAGAUUCAUCGCUUCCCCAGCGUGAAUCUCAACCCGAGAAGCCAAAACGCAUCCCCAAGCAAGUGGCUCGCAAAUCUGUGAGGCCUUAUCGAACCUGGACUUCUUCGUCUGAAUGUUCGAAGGAAUCUCCUCGACCUUUAGCAGUUCCUCCUCCUGCUGCAUCAAUUCCUGCCACCACUCCAACCGGUCCUUCUACUCGAACUCGAGCCCAGCAAGCCUCUGCUGAGAAGGAACUUCGAGCCUCUCGAAGUCGUGAUAAGCCAGUGCCUCCAACCAAGAAGAAGCUUAAGUCCAAUCCUCCAUCAGUUUCUUCAAGUUAA